UCUGUAAAACGCAAUUUGCCUCGCCAUAUUGAAAAUUGAUAGCGCGCGUAAUCGUACUUUCUUAUUACAAUUAGGAAAUUUGUAUUCGUAAACUACAAUAGCAACGUUGGUAUACGAAAAAAUCAAGACAGGAUGCUUAUUCUUAUAAUCGUAUGCACGAUGUCUACAAUCACACAAGGAAACUGUCAAGAAGAAAAUGCGAAUCAAGGUGGGUAUGAUUAUGGUGGUUACGACUAUGGAAAUAGUCAGCAAGGUGAAAAUCAGAAUUAUGCAAACAACAAUGGUGGUUACGAUUAUGGUAAAGGAAAUUACGAUUAUGGUAACGGAAGUUACGAUUAUGGUAACGGAAAUUACAAUUAUGGUAACGGAAACGGAAGUUAUGAUUAUGGUAAUUAUAACUAUGGGAAUGGAAGUCAGGAUUAUGGUAACUACAACUAUGGAGGGAACGGCAGUUACGAUUAUGGCAACUACGGUGACCCAAAUGUCGAACAACCAAGUCAGGAAGCAAGUCCCGCAAACGCCAAGUUUACCGAAUGCGGAGGCCAGUUAACUGAAUCAACUGCUCUUUUAAAAACUCCUCACUAUCCAACAGAAGAGAAUACACAGAGCGUUUAUCCGAAUAGUGCAUAUUGUAAAUGGUGGUAUACUGGAAACGAAACAUCUUUGGUUCGGUUCAAAAUGUGGGAUCUCGUCAUCGAAAUUGGUGAGAACGAUUCGAAUAUCACGUGUGAUUUCGAUUACAUUAAUAUUACUAUCACAAGUAUCGGAUCCAAGCGAUUCUGCGGAUAUGAAACACCAGAAGAAGAAUAUAGAGGAAUGGGCUCAUUUACUAUGAUAUUCGUAUCGGAUGCUACAACCAAUUUCAGAGGAAUGCAGGGGACAUAUCAAAUCACUGAAAAUCAUACUCCAUGUGAUCCGUCUCCAUGUUCUCAAUACGGUGAAUGUGAGAUUCUGCCAGACCUUGUGAGAGUCAAGUGUAAUUGCGAGGAUGGGUUUACGGGACGAAAAUGCGAUACUGAUGUACAAGAAUGUAAUUCUAGUCCAUGCCAGAACGGUGGAACUUGUAAUGAUAAAAUAAAAAUAAAUCAUUACGAAUGCAACUGUGCCGUCGGAUAUAAAGGAAUCAAUUGCGAAACAAAAAUUCAAGACCCGUGUCUUCCGAAUCCGUGUAAAAAUGAAGGCAUUUGCAGAAAACACUCGAAUACGACAUAUUCGUGUGAUUGUACAGAUCUUUAUAAAGGAGAUGCGUGUGAAAUAGAAAACUUUCCACCUUGUCAUUCUUCACCUUGUAAAAACGGAGGAGUGUGCUUGGAUUUCAAAGAAGAAACAAAAUAUAUAUCCAUUCCAAAUUAUGAGGGAUCUUCAAGUCCGGGCGAAUCCCUACAAAAAAAAGCGCCUGCUGAAUAUUUUGGAUUUAACUGCACUUGUGAUUGGAAACACCGGGGAAAACAUUGUGAAAUAAAUUCUGGAUGUGGAAAUCCAGGAAUUCCAGGCCUGGAAGACGGGUAUUGGUUUGAUCCGAAUUCUACUGUAGAAUUUUCUUGUGUUGAAGGGUACGAUCUGGUGGGGAAAGCGAAUAGUACAUGUCAUGCCGAUGGAACGUGGUCUUCUCUUAUGCCAGACUGUGUUGAAAACCCAGAAAUGGCGGCAAGUAAGCAGAAAGGACCUGUGACACCAUGGUCAGGUGCGAUGAUGGCGUUGGGAGCAGCGUUCAUCGCAAAUGCAAUAGCAUUUGCUUCUUGGAUGGCAAUAAAAGCUCCAUGGAAAAAAGCUGGAAGAAUAAUUAAUAUUUCUCAAGCAAGUUUGAAAUCACUGGAUGAAGUUGAUCAAGAAUCUCAAUAUUCUGAUGAGGACGAAAGUGACGAUGAUGAUGAAUCAGAUGAUACGACAUCUGCAGCUUCGCAGUCUUGCUCCGAAUCGGGCUCAUCAGAUGGAGACAGUCAGUAACAAAACAAAAUCCGAAUGUUCAUGCUUUACAGCAGUUCACCUGGGCCAUUGCUCCCGACUUAAAUAGGCAGACAACUGGUUCUGACAUUCUAUUAACCCCAUCAGGUUUCGCAUCGAACAUCGCUUCCACAAGUCUAAUGGAAAGAAUCCAAUGAUCAUACAGAGCUCAUGGGAUAGUCUUAUCAAAUGAAUCUUCCUAGGCUGAUUUUACUCCAAUUUGUCAUACACCGGACUUAUCUUUUAACGGCACAGAAGCCCAUGCCAGUGAAUCCCAAGUGAGAUCUUAAAUACCAACACCUAUACUAUGGGACGCAAUCCCAUCUUGAUAUAUCAGCAAAACAGGAAUCACAGGAACUAGCAAAUACUUCGCCCUGUCUGCUUAAUUAUAUGGCAAACUAUGGUCUUCGCGGGGAUGAGGAUCCGGUGUGGACUAGGUGUAGUAAACCAGGUGAUCUUAUCGUUUCAGAUGCAUAAACUUGUUUGAGAAAGCCUUAAAUGACUCGUUACACGAUUCCGGGACAAGUCCUGAAACCGUUUCGCAGGUUAUAAUUCACAUAGAAGUCAAGAGCCGAUGUAGGGCUGCAAAGGCAAGCGUAUUUCUAAUGCUUGAAUC